UCUUUCUAAAACACCGAAAGAGUUAGCUUAGCACUACCACACGUUACAAUCCGCAUUGACUCUGCCGAACCGGAAGUAAAUCAUAUUGCCAGCAUGGAGGCGCGUCCAAACAGUGACGUAGUACGUCCCAUUCCCUAUUCAUCAUAUAACAGUCAAUUACCCAACAACAACAAAAAUGUUAAAACAUUUUCGUUAAUGGAAUUCGCUCUAUAAUCGUCACUUUACUAUGUAAUGUAAUGUAGGUUAGCAAUGAUUACUUUUCCUCCAACAAGGAGCACUUUUUUUAAGAGUAAAAAAAUUUUGGGGGAGUAAAUACUAAAUUAAAAGAAUGACUUACUUGUAUUUUUGUUUUCCUGAUGGUCUUUCUGUGGUAUUAUGGUCAAUUUUUUAGCGUAACAAACAAGAAUUUAAAAAAAAAAAAAAAAAAAAAAAAAAGUCAUAACGUCUUCACGAUGCGGUGACGUUCAACGUCAGGUGAAAAGAUCCGGAACUCUGAGUUGUUCGUGUUGCCUUAGCAACCCCUAUGCAGGUUUAAAAAGAAAGCGUCUCAAACUCUUUGCUCCUCGGACCACUUUCAUGACGUGAGAAAGCACAUAAGCCACGAAUUUGUCCUAUUCGCCGUCCCGUGUGACUGACACUGGCAUAAAAGAACAGCGGUUACAUGAAAGGGUUCCCCAAAAUGUAAGUUUCGCUUUUUACAGAAACUAUUUUCCUCAGGUAAUUACGUCAUAUUUGUUCGCUAGCUUAACGAGCUAGCGAACGACUCUUAGCUAGGUUUAGUUUUUCAAAUAUUUAAUCGUUAAAAGUCAAGUUGUAUUGGUUUUAAUUUGAUUUCAUUUUGAUUUUCACUCACAGUGCAUUAUUCAUAAAUCACAGUUCAAAUCAAUCACAGUGUUCGAGUCUGACUGUAAAUUAUUAAUUAUUAUUGUAAAUUAAAUUGUUAAUAAAACAUUUUACAACAAUUAUUCGGUGGAUUAUGGUCUACUUUACCAAGGGGUGGGUAGAGUGACCAAUUAUUGUUCUCAAUUAUGAGUUCAGGAAUGAUAAGGGGGGAGCUUAUUGUAGAAAAUUGCUAAAAUAGUUAAAUACAAUAAAGCUAUUGUUACUAUUUUCUUUUUAAAUUAAUUUUAUUUUCAGUCUUUGUUUACUAUUUGCUGAGAAAUAUUUAAAGUUUUAUUCAUAUUUACAAUGAUGCAGCAUAUGACUCUACAACUAAUUCAUCUCUAUGUUCUUCAGGAUCCUGGAAAUAUUGUAAAAUUAGUUUAUGAGCUUUGCUAACGAAAUCGGCGCAGCAUGUUCGCUGUCCAUUUACAGGGACGGGCCCCACCAUGGAAUCUCUGAGGCAAUCAACAGGCUGCGGAAAAUCAAACGCUAAACCAAAGAAAAAACAGUCCGCUGCGGUCAGCAACAGGCAAACUACUUUGCCACCGCUAUGGCCCGAGCCAUUCUCUCACUCAGCAUCAACGCUGCGCAGGAGCCUUUUCAAUCCCUCCGCCGUUGUUGCUGUUCCCAUGUCCUCUGCGACACCUCAAGCCGAACCAUUGAGAGUCCUCACGGGGUCAAAAUUGACAGGAAAACCUCUAUCUGGAACAUCAGUAUCAUGCAAAGAGCAUUCUGAUGACAAAGCAAAGAGUUUGGCAGCUAAAGAUGAAUCCAAAGUCACUGUUAGGGACAUAUUCAGUCUUCCUGCCAUCAUUCCGAGCGUGGCUACUGAUGAUCCCUGUUCUACCCUUCGAGAGCAAUCGCUAGAUCCAAAAUGGACAGAAAAAAAUUUGACAAACGACUCUGCGUCGUGUGCUGACAUCACUGAUAAGAUUGUUGAUAAAGCGCUUCAGAGUUUGCCAGAGAAAGAAGCAGCAAGAAUCAUGAGAAGGGACUUGUUCAAUUUUCCUGCCAUUGUUCCUGGAAGCCCCCGUCUUGCAAAUUCUCAGAAAGCCAUGGCAGAUAUUGGACGGAGAGAAUGGUCGGAAAAACCUCGACAGACGGCCUUUGCAUCAUGCACUGACAUCACAGCCGCUGUGACUGAUGAAGCGUCAAUAAGGAGUUUUACAGAUGAAUCAAUCACCACAGGCAAGAUAAAAAGGCUGAACCAAGUUGAAAAGGUUCCUACCACCGGCAUGGAGAUAGUUCAGUUGUUCCUUAAGAAUAAAGAUGUGGGAGAACUACAGGUUUUUUACUUGAAGGAACAAGAGGGUGCCUCUUACAGACCCUAUGACCUGCGAGUGGUCCCAACCAGUGAGGCUGGUUCUGAACACUAUGUCUUCACCCCAAAAACGGUGCUGCAUGUCACACAGAAAGGUUCCGGAGACCUGGUCUCUGUGGAAAAGUGGUUCAGGGAGUCGGUGCUCUGGACAGCUUUGCAGGCCAUCCCCUUUUUUGGGAAGUUCAUUCUACGAAAUGCCACCACUCUGUGGUAUAGAAAUAUGCGUGAGAUUGUUUACAAGCGAAGGUUUGAGAAAGUGCAGGCCCACCUGCUUACGAACAUCCCCCAGUACAGAAAUGGGCUUCUUCUUUUAUCAAGAGCAAUGAGAGAACUGGAAGUGACACACUUGUUACCACUGGAUGUGUCAAAAACAUACACAUUGCUGGAAUUUCAGAAUGCUCUAGAAACCAGUAUGCAAAAUGCCUUGAACCGUCUAAGGCAGUUCUCACAAUUUCGCAUUGACAUCCUUAAUAAGGCCAAAGAAGAGGGUUACAAGAACCUCAAGGAGCUUCAGGAGCACUUCUCCUAUGCCGAAUUGCCACAUCACUGUUGCAAGCCCAUGCACCUACACCAGGCCCAUCUCAAUGAGCUUCAGAAGGACUUAGCACAUGCCAAAAACAUCCUACAGAAGCUAGGCAACUUUGCAGCUCUCGUCAAUUACAUUAUCAUGCAGAAUCUCGUCACCGUCGUUCAGAAAAGUGUCACCUUGUUCCUUAACGACUUUCUGAAGAGAGAUAAUUCUCUUGGGUGGUGCCUGUUCCAAACGGACAUGAGUCUCGGUGCUGGUCAGUUGACUCUCGUCCCACCUUUUCAUCACUUCCAAGAAACAAUCUCUCGGGCGCUUUUGACUGCUGGUGAUUCAAUAGGCCAGAUAUGUGACACUUGUGGAUUUUUCCUGGAGGUCAGCAAGACCAUCGAUUGUCAGGAUAAAACAUCCGACCUUAACUGUGGACCAUAUCCUGUUGUUGUAGACUCUCGAGGUGAUCUUAAAGACAACAACGAAAUGCCUCAUCUCGCAGACUAUAGCUGUUGUCGGUGGAUCAGAGAACAGCGCCCCGGUUGGGAGUUGAUGAUGACAAUGCAGGGCCACACAAUGCCUUGCUCCUACUACCCUCUAUCCAAAGAACAACUUAUGUGGUAUAUUACUAUUAAUGAUAUUACAAUAAGUAUCAACAAAGAGCAAACUGAGUUAAUGCAGGCAACUGAGUCUGAGAUCCAACAGCUGUUGGAGAAUUACACGUGGGUGCUGGACGUCCAUGUUUUCAUCAGCCAAUGGAGUCCAGCCUCUUUAGAAAACUUGAAAGGUCAACCUGCUUUACUGUAUGAGGAAUUAAUUAAGAAGCUGCGCCAGUGGCUUGAACGAAUCCACGCCGCCCCCUCAUCCAUGUCUACCUCCAACCAGCUGUUCAUCAUACAUUGCACCCACGUGAAGGAGUAUAUAGAGCAGCAGUUGAAUUUGAUUGAAAAUGAAGUACAGGAGGAGUUAGUGAACCAAAUGAAAGUACUAUCAGCGAGCUUCUUACAUGAUUUGGAGGAAGCUCUUACUACUCUCAGGAUUGAACCCAAAGACUUACAUGACUUGCCAAAAUUUGUUGAUACGGUAUGGAAUUCUGUGAACAUAUUUGCAGGAAUGCAUAAACGUUUGGAAUACGUUCAUACCCUCCAGGACAGUAUUUGCACCUUUUUUAGAGCGAUGACCACCCAGGAGCUGAGUUUGGGGAAAAAGAUGUUGGACAUGUGGGAUUGCUUUUAUUUACACUUGAAGCACGCAGCUAGCUCCCUGCAUUCACGUCUUCCUGCAGUAGCAACUGCACUUUACGCAAUGUUUCCAUUGAUAUCUUCUGAUUUAAGAAGUAUAGUCGAGAAUUACACCUCUGGGCCAUUCCUUGACCCAAGGCAAAAUGCUGAACAGUUAGCUUCUGAAUUGAAAUACAGUCGUCUUCGCGUGGAGACCGCCUCAGCCAAUCUGGAACAGCUUGCUAGGAUUGGUGAAAUUUUCCCAGAAAAUCCAGUGGAUUUGACCGAUCUGAAUGAUGUUCCAAAGCUCAAUGCCCGGAAAGAGCUCUGGGAGCUUAUAGCUCAUUACAGACGAUGUUCAAAUGAAUGGAACACGUUCCUGUUCACUGAGCUUCCCCUCUCACAAGCUCAAGAGCAAAUCAACCUUUGGCAGCAGCAAGUUGCAAACAUUUCACGCAUUGUACCUGCUGGUGAUUCAGUGAUCCAGGAGAUUUCAGAAUCCAUUAAUGAUUUAAGCUAUCGGCUUAAACUGUUAGCCAGGUUUAAGACCCGCACAAUCAAACCGAAACACCGGAGAACUUUUUUCAAAGGCAUUGGGUUAUGGGAUGCCUCUGAUAAGAAUGCAACUCUGGCCCAAAUUGUCUAUCAUCCUUUCGACCUUCACCAGGAACUCAUGAACAAGUUAUGCGAAGAUGCACAAAAAGAAAAUUCCAUGGAACAGGCCUUUCGAAUAAUUCAACAAGCAUGGAGGAACCGUAUUUUCCAGCUGCACAACUAUACCUCUCCUUAUGCUUCAUGGGAUGCGGAAAUUAUUACCGGUCUAGAAUUCCUCUUCUCUGAAAUAGAAAAGGAUGUGAUGACUAUGACUUACAUGCAUAGGUCACGACACAGUGUUGACUUUAGGAUGGAAGUAGAAGAGUGGAUACACUUACUUCAAGAGCUUGAGAAGUUGCUACGUUUCUUUAAAAUCUAUCAGCAAAAAUGGAUCUUCCUGACCAACUUAUUUGAAGAAGAUACCUUGAGUGUUAAACGAUGGGACUUGCUACCUCGCUUUCGUACAAUUGAUGAGAGUUUCAGGACAAUGACCCAUUAUAACUCAACUCACCCCAACGUGUUGAAUCUUGUUCGUCCCAUUGAAGUGAACGGCAGUGCCCACGGUGCAAACCUUUGCCAAAUUCUCCUUGAAGAUAUAUCGACGAUGGACAGUAUUUCCAACCAAAUGGCAAAUCGUCUGCAUUCAUUUUGCAAAUGGUUUCCAAGACUGUACUUCUUAAGUGAAAGAGAAGUAGUGGACCUACUGUCUUUGCAACCAAAACCAACCUCGCUGUUACCUUAUGUACGAAAGUUCUUUAAAGGAGUAAAUUGGCUGGAAGUGGAAGAAAUAUCUGUAGCAGUGGAUCUGCAGGAUACAAGUGACACACAGAGCAGAGUACUUGGGAUUUUUGGCAACCUGAAGGAGCACAUUACAUUUCUUACUCCAUUGGAACAGAAUGACAAUCCUUUGAUUUGGCUCAGUAUGUUUCAGAAAGAACUCAAUUCAACAAUGAAACAUCUCGUGAGUCAGUGUGCUGAUGAACGAAAACAACUUGAACCAUCUAAUCAAGAGUCUGCGCAUGGCAACACCUGUAGAAAUAUGUUACCUGCGUUCGAUUUGAUAUCCAAAUAUCCUCUUCAAUGUCUUCUUGUAGCAGAGGAGACAAUGUGGUGCCGUGUCCUUCAUCAAGCUUUCCAAGAAUCAAGCACAGUUAAGAUGAGUAGGAUUAACGCAUUAAUCAGCGCACAACUGAAAAAGCUUUGCAAGUCCUUAGGGGAUGCUAUUCCAAUGUCUAAAAAUGAUGAACAACACUCAAAAUACACAGAGACAUGUUUGCGUACCUUAGUGCUCCUUAGAAUGAAACAUGCACAGCAACUAACGCAACUCAUGCAGGUUCAAUGUCAACCUGCGUCAUCUUUUGAGUGGCUGAGUUCUCUCAAGUACUGCAUGACCUCAGAAGGUCAGAGUCCAGAAGAAACUGAUGCGCCAGAAUGUUAUGUGGACAUUUUAGGCCAUAGACUACCAUAUGGUUAUGAGUAUUUUGGUCCAGAAGAUUGGGGAAUGGUGCAUACUCCCUCCACAGAUCGAAUGAUCAUGGGGAUUCUGCUUGCUUUGACGAGCUAUAGAUCUGGAAUUUUGAAUGGACCGUGCUCUUCGGGGAAGACAAAUACGGUGGUCCAUUUAGGGAAAGCAUUAGGUAGACAUGUUGUGAUGCUAAACUGCUGUCCAAACAUGUCAUCUGGUAUUUUUCAAAAGAUGCUGCUUGGUGCUCUGUUGACAGGCGCUUGGUUUGUGCUGGACUCUGUGGACUUGUUGCCUCGAAGUGUGCAGGCAUCACUGGCACAACAGCUUGAGGACAUUUACCAAUUUUUCUCUGAGUUUACAAGGAAGAAAACAGAUCAGGGAACGACUGCCUCGGAUUGCAAGAGCACAUUUGAUCCAGGAAGAUUUAUGGUAUUUUCAGGGAUAAAAAUGACUCCCAGCCUCAACUACGGUUGUCUUCUCAUUUCGUCAAAAAGAUACGCCUCCGAGAUUUCGCAAAGUUUGCGAUUUUCAACCAGACCUGUGGCGUUAACCCAUCCUGAUCAUCGGAUAAUUGUGGAGAUAAUGCUAACUCUCUAUGGUUUUAAAAAGGCAAAGUGUUUAAGUCAACGUCUGGUAUCACUCAUCAGCCUGAGCAAAGACGCUCUCUGUCUGCCAGUCUUUGUCACGCAAAAGAAUCAUUGUCACCUUGCCAUUUUGAAAAACAUCAUAUCUGCCUCAAGAAAACUAUUAAAACAAAUUGUUCGGGAUGAGAAAUUAUUCGGGGAGGCUAGACAGUCUUUUGUAAUACGAGCUAUUCUCAAGUCUCCAGAAAAUGAAAAUGUCGAAGAUUUGGACGAGCAUCAAGAACAAGCAAUCUUCCCAGGAUUAUUGGAAGAAAUAGCUGUUGUCAAGGCAAUUCAUUCAGUGUUAUUGCCAUUUAUUUGCACGUCGGAAAAAGUUUCACUGUUCGCCUCCAUUUUCAAAGAAGUGUUCCCUAUAGCCUGCCAGCUUCCCUUUAUUCUAUAUUAUACCGAGGAUGAACAAAACAGCAAACUUAAGGAAGCAGUGACAGAAGAAUUAGAUCAGCUCCUGUUUCAAUCUAACACAGAAACAAUUUGCCAAGCUCUUACACUUUACGAGACGUUGGGUUUCUCGCGUGCAGUUAUACUCCUCGGACCCACCGGGUGUGGAAAAACAACCUGUUACAAUGCUCUGGCAGGAGGCCUCAGUCGACUAGCAAACACAACUGAGGGAACUAAAUCUGAUGAAAAAAUAUAUCUAGUGGAUACCACUCAGAUUUCUGCGUCUAACUGGCGCUCUGUCAACAUUGUGGUUUUAUUUCCAAACGCCAUGACUCAUGAGGAGUUAUUUGGUGGGUUCUGUGACAAAUUUGGUUGGCAAGAUGGAGCUGUGAGCAAGGCCUUAAGAGAUUCGGAAAGACCAAAUUUAGAAAUGCGCAAGAUGGAGAAGCGUAGCCAUGAGAAUAAAGCAGUGAAGUGGCUGGUUAUGGAUGGAGAGCCACUAGGAAAACCGAGCUGGCUAGAUCACUUGAGCACACUGAGUGAUCUUGAGAACCCAUUUUUAAGCCUACCAUCUGGUGAAAUACUCAUGUUAUCCCAAUCACACUUCAAGUUACUUGUGGAGACGACUGACUUAAGCGAUGCAAGUCCCUCUGUGGUGACCCGUUGUAGCCUUAUUUAUUUUAAUGGCGUGGAUGUUUGGAACGCAGUGUGGAAGCGCGAAAUGGAUUCCCUCCAUAGCGAGUUCAUUCACGAGCAGGAAACUCUUGAACUGUGGUCUCAUCUAUCAGAAGAUCUUUUCUCUAGGACUCUUAGUUUGAUGAAGAAAAACAACAUUUCCAACAAAGGUCAAUCCUCAACGUACGGCCUGGCAGAAAUCACGUCAUUUUUUCGAAUCCUGCGUGCCCUCCUGCUGCAUUUUGCCAGACAACUAAAAAACAAAGAAGCCACAGGCCAAAAAGACAAAAAAGGUAGGCCUGGUAACAAUUCCAAUAUAAGAGAACAACUUUUUCUGUUGGCUUAUAUUUGGGGAUUUGGUGGUCAUCUCCAUCCUCGACUUUGGCCACAGUUCGACAAAGUUGCCCGUCAAGUACUGACUGACAGUCGAUCUCAAAUAGUUAUUCCACGAGAAGGGACUGUUUUUGAGUUCUUCUUUGAUAUCGACAACAAGAUAUAUUCUGAGAACACAUUGUUGACGAAAUCCAUCACUCCUAAGUAUUGGAAAUAUACCUGCCUGCUCAAAGUCAUGUUAGAAGCGAUCCAGCCGGUAUUGCUUGCAGGAGAGCCUGGUUCGGGAAAAUCUUCUGUAUGUAACACACUGCUAUGUUUUGAUAAGCCUCACAUUAAAGUACCAGCUAGUUCUAUACGGGGUCCAGAAGACCUGCGCCAUUUACUCUGUGGAAUUAGCUGUCAAAUGAGUUGUCAAAAAACCAAGGGUAUCAUGAAGAAACAGCCAGGUUUAAUGCUGUAUGUGGAUGAUUUGCAUGAGACACCAAGCGAUGUGACUGGCAAGAGUUCCAAAAUCUUAGAGACUCUUCGACAAAGUAUUUCAAAAGGAGGGAUUCUUGCAAUUGAUUCUGACCACUUCAAAGUGCUUAGUCCCGGAACCAUCACCUACCUGGCUACAUGUUGUGUCUUUGAGCUGGACAAUCCGCACAUUAGCAUCAUAUCUUCUAGGCUAUCACGUCUAUUCUCCAUCUUUGCACUUCCAAGCUUAACCACAGAGUUGAUAUUUUCUAUCUAUUCGCCAAAGCUUAAACUCUGGCUCAGGGAUGUUCCAUUUAUACCUAGGGCGGCGGAUAUGGUACGCAGCAUCAUCAAUGCAACCGAGGAUGUGUAUAAAGACGUUUGCAACCAUUUCCAGCCCACUAAACAAAGUCCUUGUUUUAUGUUCUCUCAUCGUGACUUGAAGAAAGUGUUUCAGGGAAUGUGCUUGUGGCAGCCAAUCCUUCCAAAAUCGUGGACAUUAGAGCCCAAGGCAAAAUCCAAAUGUUUCCCUGUCCCUCAAAAGCUUUUGUUCAUGGAGCUCAACAUCGUGCAUCUCUGGAUCCACGAGUGCAUGCGUGCCUUCGGUGAUCGGAUGAGCUCAGUCAAUGAAAUUACUCAACUGCAGUCGCUCAUUAGCAAGACAGCAACAGCACAUUUUAGUUUGAAGAUGAGAAAUGAAUCCAACCUCGGGGCCCUCGUUUCACAAUUAGGCCCAGCACACACCCGUAAGCCUAGAAGUCCGGCACGAAAAUUCAAACAAACUGCAUUGACAGACACCAAUUUCCCAAAUCUACAAGAAAACUUUCUUCAGUACUUGCAGGAAGUUGUUACUAAGUUUACGUAUGGCCCUGAGAUUGCUGGGAAUGACUUUCCCAGAUUCAAAAACAGGUCUUAUCAUCCACAAGAUCUCAAUGUACUUGGACAGCACCUGCUCGCACACUUUAACACGAAAAACAACGAAAAACAAAGUAUUGAUAGCCAUUUUGCCUUCAAAUAUACUGUGCACAGACAAAGGAUGUGUCAAAUGUUACGUAUUUUCAGGGCUCUGCUAAUACCGGGAGGCCAUGGACUGCUAAUGGCCUCAGGUAAUGGCACAGGACGUAAAACCAAUGUGCGUUUGGCAGCCUAUCUCUCAGGAUCUGACCUGAUAGAGGUGCACGCCGGUAACGAAAGUAAACUGCACACAAUUUUGAAAAAAGCUGGGAAUCAAACACGAGUUUAUGCAGUGAAUACCAUCAUACUGGUUCAUGAGAACAUCAGCUCCUCUGUCAGAGAAGAGCUGUUGGUGGCCCUUAUGUCCUACCCAGGGCUCUACACAGACCAGGAGUUGGCUAAGAUUGUUUCGAGGGUGACUGCUGUUUAUAAAACAAGAAGAUUCCUUUUGGACAGCUGGAUUUUUGACAAGUACUUGUGCCAAAACCUUAGAGACGUACAUGUAUUCGUCUUGAUGCCUGCCAUUGCGUCAACCAGCAGUGGAAAUGAUAAAUGCAAGGCACAAAUUGUCAAGGCUCUGGGCCUCUGCUGUGUGGAGACAUACCAGCCUUGGUUCAGUCAGUCUUUGACAGAGGUUGCUGCUUACUACCUGAAACAAAUUUAUAGAAAAUUGAAAAUGCAAGACUCACACAUUGGUCUGGCAGGAGCAAUGGCAGGAGUCCACCAGUCUGCGUAUCAGUAUGCUUCUGUCCUUCUAACGACACAGCCUUUCAGUCCUUACACAUAUAUGGCGUUCAUUUCCCACUUUGCUUACCUCUGCAAAUUAAUGCUCAACGAAUUGGAGAGCCGAGUCAACAGAUUGAACACUUGCCUUUCUCAUUUGGAUGCCCUGGACAACAUAGCCAUGGAGGAAAGACAGGAAUUGAUGAGAAUGCAGAGAAUAGUUGAUGAAAAACAGGCGUGUGUGAAUGUUUUCCGCGAAGCCAUAGAUGAACAGAAGCGUUUGCUUGAAAAAGCUAAAAGGAAACUUGCUAAAAAGGAACGAAUGAUACAACUACUGGAAGACCGUAUUGCUGAAUCUGAGGACGAGCUAAGUCCUUAUUUCAAAGCAGCAUUCGAUGCAAUCCAUUAUCUGGAUCCGCUAGACCUCGCGGAGGUAGGCCACUACAGAGAUCCACCUGAUGGAGUGGUGCUCGUCAUGAAUGCUGUUCUUUUGCUCUUUGACCGUCCAUUUGGCUGGGAAAAUGCAAAACUACUCUUCUUACAGUGCAAUUUGUAUAAGUGCCUGGAAACCUUUGACUUCUACAGCCUUCCGGACAAAGACUUGAUACGACUUGCUGAGAUAGUUAAAAACCCCAUUUUCCUGCCUGAGUUAAUCCGCGAUGUCAGUAACGCCUGCGAGAGUCUAUGCCGAUGGUUACUGGCGAUCCACAACUGCGGCACUGUGUGCUAUCAGCUUAUGGUCAGGAAGCAGUUGGACUUGAUGCUCCUAAGGAUGAAAGCGCAACUUGAGGAGAUCAAAGAGUACAUAAAGGAAAUAUACAUUCGCCUCGAAGAGCUCAGAGCUCAGCAGAAGCCUAUGCAGGAAUUGCUGGAAGAACAACUGCUGCAGCUACAUGAAGAUGAGUGCCAGGAGAGAAAGGCUGGUAGAUCUGUGGAAUUGUUGUUGAAACACUCAAGAAUGUGGAGGGCUUGCACUCAGGAUUUACAAAUCCAAAGAGAAUGCUUACCAGCAGACGCCAUGGUCCUGGCUGGUAUCAUCUCAUAUUUAGGCGCCUUUGCAUCAGACGUACGCAACGAAUUGCUGAGCAAGUGGAAGUCGUUGUGUCAGACAGGACAUAUCGACCCUAACCCGAAAGACCCCAGAAGUUCCCUGUUUGCCACCAGCGACCCAGAAUCACCGCAGCCACCCGCAGGUUUUCCAGUGGCUGUCUCCGAUGAACUGCAGCCUGUUUUGCGUCGAGUGUUGGGUGUGAAAGAGUGGCCGGACAAUGAGCCGGCAACCACUAGAUUAUUAGUGAAGCUGCUAUUGUGGGGCUGCACGAGGAGUUGGGUUAAAUACUGGCCUUUACUGGCUGACACCCAACAUCAUUUGGAGAUCAACUUGAAUAGUGGGAUCAUUACAGGCGAAACAGGGAAUGAUCACACUUUGGGGAAAGAGUUUAAGUGUGACUUAGUCAUGUGUGCUGAUGAUCCAAAGCUAAUUUGUCAGUUGGAACUGGCUGCUGAGAAAGGGUUGAAAGUCCUGGUAACACACAUAGAAAGAGUAUCAGUCACUCCACAGUUUCUUGCUAUUUUGGCCCGACCUGCUGCGAGUUGCCCUCUGGGGUCAAAACAGACUGCCCAGCAGACCCACCCGGAGUUCUUCCUCUUGCUUAGUACCCACUAUCCCGCACGACUCCUCAGCAGUGCCAUCCAUCCGUCCGUGCUGGCUCAGGUGGAUGUGAUUGACCUCUCGCCAAGCUCGGAUCAGAUCCAGGAGCUUAUGCUGACGCAGCUACUGCAGUCCGAGUGCAAAGUGCUGCUGAUUCAACACCUUCGGAUGGAGAAUGACAAGCAGGUGAUACAGAAGAAGCUGGUCGUGGAGGAGGACUGUAUCAUGGACUUCAUUCUGCAGUCCGACACCACACGAAUGCAAGAUACUGAGUUCCUCACCGAAGUGACUGAGAUCAAAGAAUCAAUGGCUUACAGUCAGACUGAGUUGCAGCUGGUCGAUGAGAUUCAGGAGUACCACAAGCACCUGCUGGCCGCCCCCGAGCAGCUGAUAAAGUUGGCUUGGCUCUUCUACCAGGCUUUGCAGGAGGUGUCCCGACUUUCCCCCGCCUAUUACUUUUCAUUAUCGAACUUCAAUGCAAUCAUGCAGGAGGUAUUCACCGACAAGGCCGGCAGGCUCAUAUCAUAUGGCACCGGGGCGGUGAUACGGGGACUGAUACCAGAGUUAAGGAACAGGAUGGUGUCAAAAUUAAUGUUCUACUACAGACCGUUUCUCUUUAGAGGCCACUGUGCGGUUUUGAGGCAAUUGUUGACUUUGGCUGUUAUGCAGACAAAACAACUCUGCUCUCCACCAGAGAGGACUGCUUUCCUUUUGGGAUUCAAUGAUAUUCUUGCUCCUCAAGCUCCAAAUCAGGUUGUCCCUGACCUCUGUUUAGAAACGAUUCCUGCCUUCAGAGGUUUAAACGCUUCUCUGAGUGCUUCACGCAAGGAAUGGCAAGAGUACCUGAGCUUGCCGUUCUCCGUCAUAGCAGGACCGGUUCCCUCUGAAGCUCACUCCGAUCUGUCCUUGAUUCAAAGGGCUCUCCUCUUCAAGACCCUACGCCCGUUCUCCACAGAACAGUUAGCUAACGCUAUGGCAGCCAGCCAGUUCCGCCAACCUGGCCACACAUCAAUUCCUCACUGCGGGAACCCUAGGGCGCUUUAUAGAUUUUUUGAGGAGAACAAGGGACCAAUCAUCCUAACUUGGGCUUGUCCAUCCAAAGAUAAAUGGAUAAGCAUUCAGCCUCUUCACUUAAUCAAACUAUUGGCGUUCAAGGCCGAUGCAAUGCCGGUGAGAGUCAUUUCAGUCGGAGGACUUAGUAAUAUUGAUAUCAUCAUGGUAGCUUUGGAAAACGCAGUCAAAGACGGCCACUGGUUGGUGUUUAAUAACUGUCACCUACUGGAGAAAUGGGAUGCUAAACUAGUGGCACGUUUCAAUCAGCUGUUUUCCCCUUUUGGAGCAACAAAACACUGGAAUACUCCUCACUCAGAUUUCCGACUUUGGUUUCUAACUGAAGAAACGACUCAGUCCUUCUUACCUGCAAUAGUGCGAAUGCAUGCCCUGGCUGUAGUUUGUGACUCCUCCUGGAAUAUAAAGGAAGAGCUGAGCUGCUCUUUGCAGUAUUUGUCAUUUAUCGCUAAGAGAGGCUCAGAAAACUUGAGCGACAACACGGAGCUCCUUCUACGUUGUGCGACCUUCCACUCCGUGGUGUUACAGAGAGAGGCCUACAAAUGCACGGGCCAGCCCAAAAUCAACAGUUGGAGCCAAUCAGACCUUCUGGCUUUGGUGGAUGCGCUUAUUUCUUCCGCCAGUCUGUGCCAUGAUAAAACUAAAGCGUUACAAUACAUAGCAGGCAACCUCAUUCAUGGCAGUCACACGGUGGAGUCGACAGAUUGUGAGGUAGUGCAGAACACUGCUGAAACCUGCUUCUGCACAGCACCACCUGUGGCCAGUGGGCCUCACAUUCUCGCCAAUAUCAUCAGCAGCACCGAGCACCGUGAUCUUGCCAAACUCCCACGAUUGUUGGUUUACCAGCUGCUAUAUUCCAUCAACAUCAGCGAGCCUCUUCUGUUGGGUUUUAGUGCUGACAUGGAAGCUGAAAUAGUGAAAAUCAACAGUCACAAUCUCAACAAGAUGCUUCAGGCUUCCCAAGUUCCUCCUUCGCAAGCCGUACAUUCAAGCAGCGCUUUAGCGAUGCUGCCGGAACUCAGCCAGGCUCGAGAGCGGCUACACGAGCUUCAGGAAUACCUCACGCAUCAAAAUGAAAUCCGAUCGAGAAACGCCGGCGCUGUUUUCCAAAGUCCCCUUUAUGACUUUCUCCUGACUGAGUGGCAAGAACUGAACGGCUCCGUAUCUUCGCUGCUCUGUCUUCUCCAACAGCCGCAUCGAUACCUCACGGAAACCUUCCUAUCCCUUCCCACGCUCACCGCCUUGUCGCGUUUGCAGAGACGGGCGGAACUGCUAAGUGCUUACCUGUGGCGCGACAACGAUUCGGCAACUCGCGCUACCUACAGAUUGUCCGCUUUUGCUAACGCCAAAGGUCUUCUUGUUGCGCUUAUGAGAAAGGCGGCGCAGACGCAUCACAAGUACCUCAGCGAUAUCGUUCUGCAUCUUGGGGUUCGUGACGAUCCAUUAUUCACACCACCUCCUAAGGACGCAGUGUACUUGUGUGACCUGGAUCUAAAAGGAGCCUCGUGGAAUGCGGAGAGAGCAGUCUUAGAAAACACACUUUCACCGCAACCCUUCGCCAUGCCUCUAAUAUGCGUCAGAGCACACGUGAAAGAUGCACCGUUACAGCAUUCUCGGAUGCCCGAUCAAGUUUAUCACUGUCCGAUUUAUGUGGAGGACAUGGACACAGGAGAGGACAACCGAAAUGACUUAUGUUUGAUCACAACAGUUCCGUUCGCUAGCGAGUUAGAGCCAUCCUUGUGUAGUUUGCGAAAAGUUCGGCUCGUGAGUAGGCUGUCUGCGACAUCUGAGGAAUAAUUUAAAAGAAAAUUGUAGUCUUAGUUCCAUAGGCGGAGUUUGACUUUUGAGACGGGGGGCACAACAUGUUAAUGACCCCGAAACGCAGUGUCAACAAUAAAAUUAACUUACAAGAAUAUUUAUGAUAAUAAGAUGAAAAUUAGCGUUUUUAUGUUUCCCAUCAUUCUUGAGGGGAAUUCUAAAUCAGACUGCUUAGGACAUCUAUACUUUUCGCCAAGAUCAUCAUCAAUUGAAUAUGGUACGCCCGCCGGUGUCAUGCCAAUGUAGUUACCCUCGUCAAAAAUUGUAUCCCCUGGGCGGAGCCGCUGCGCUGCACUGAUUUGCUUUAUUUCCGUGUUUUGAUGAUUUAGUUAUCUACGAGGUUUUAAAACAUGGCCCAUCCAUCAAAAAAAAAAAAAACUUUUUUUUUUUUUCUGUCGUAUAACGUAGCAUACGUACUGAAGGUAUAAAAAGUCUACGUUUCUCUUUUACUCAUAGGAUGACCUAUAACUGUUAUUACUGUAAUUCAAGUCCUGUAUGGAGUUUCUCCAGUUUAAUAAACGUUGAUGUCCAAAAUUUAUGACUGUGGUUCUUUUCUGGCUUCAGUUGAUUAAGUCGACAUAACACAUGUCACUCUGGACAAUGUAAGUGUAGCCUCCAGUACCACAGUUAAAAACCUAGGAGUUUUAUUUGACCCUGACUUAUCGUUUAAAGCACACAUUAAACAAACCUGUAGAACGGCUUUCUUUCACCUGCGCAACAUCGCCAAAAUUAGAAAUAUUUUAUCUAAAAGCGAUGCAGAAAAAUGAAUUCACGCGUUCGUUACAUCGAGAUUGGAUUACUGUAACUCCCUACUUGCAGCUUGUCCUAAAAGUUCUCUAAAAUGUCUUCAGCUAGUCCAAAACGCAGCAGCAAGACUUUUAACAGGAACCAAUAGAAGAGAGCACAUCACCCCUGUGCUCCAGGCACUUCACUGGCUUCCAGUCGAGUUUAGAAUUAAAUUUAAAAUACUCCUUCUUACAUUUAAGACCAUUAAUGGAUUGGGGCCAUCUUAUCUCACCGAUGCUCUGGUUCCAUACCACCCCAACAGAACACUCCGAUCUCAGAAUGCAGGUCUACUAGUAGUUCCCAGGGUUUCUAAAAGUACUGUCGGAGCUAGAGCCUUUAGCCACCAAGCCCCUGUUUUAUGGAAUCAGCUUCCAGCUAGUAUUAAAGAAGCCGAGACAGUCUGCACAUUUAAGAUUACAUUAAAAACGUUCCUAUUCGACAAAGCUUAUGGUUAGGCUAGUUGAAGUCGGAGUAGACUCACAGUUUAGUCUAAGCUGCACUAGAAGCUAUAAUGCUGGGGGAAGUACAGCCGCUGAGUUCUAUCUCCUUUUCUUACUCUACCUAUCCCUUGUCUUACUUUAUUUCUAUUUUCCAAUGUUAAUAUCUAGUUGUCUAGUCUCUUCAUCACUAGUCACCUGGUGUCCCCUUUCCCCCCUCCCCUCUGGGGAGGGGCUAUUUUUCAGCUGCAGCCUCCUGACUGUCCGGACCCCUGGCUGGAUAGACGUCCUCGCUGCUACCCCCGUCUCAUCUGACUAGAGGGACCUCUUCUUGCUCCUUUACUCCACUGUAUUUUUACGGACUGUAACUUCGCUUGCUAAUUCCCAUUAGCAGUUCUGGGGUUCCUGUCUAUCCGUCCUGGGAGUGAAUCUCUCCUGACUGUGGUACUCCCCGAGGUUUCUCAUUUUCUCCCAAUUGACUCUGGAGUUUUUGGAGUUUUUCCUUGCCGGCAUGGAGGGUCUUAAGGAUAGGGGAUAGCCAGGACUUGAACUGUAUCUAUUCAUCUUUGUUGUUUCAUUUCUUAUUAUGUAUCAUAUUGCCUCUGUAAAGCCCUUUGAGACUUCUGUUGUGAUUGAGGGCUAUACAAAUAAAAUUGAAUUGAAUUGAAUUGAACCCAUAACUAAUAUGUGUGUGCACGUCCGCGGCCAGGGGACAGAAUUUUUGACGGGGGUAACUACGUUGGCAAGGCACUGGUGGUGGCUCUGUUGUAAAAUUAGCGUCUUUAGUGGGGCAAAUUGAGACGCCGCUCACCAUUUUGACGGUGGUCCCUAGCAUUUCAUGGUCCACAUUUUCAAUCCUUGGUUCUUGCUCAGUAGUUGUCGCUUUUGAAAGCUUAGGUUUGAAAAAAUUACAUAUAUCCAUCUUGCCUCUUCGGUCCUCGGGUGGUUUUGGCUAAGCAAAGCAAAAUACCGUCUCAGAUGCUUUUUUUGUUCAUUUAAUUCAUUUUUAUUGUUUGUUUUAUUGCAAGUUUAUCUAAGUUUUAUUGUAAGUUUUAUAGACGACAUUUUACCGUAAAAUUCUUAAUUUUAAAAUCAUAUACAGUAUGGGAAAGUCAAUUACAUGCAACAAUACUUUUCGGCCACCAGGGGAGCCCACCCGCCCUUAAACUCCGCUUAUGGUCAGUUCUAGCCUAGGGCUGGGUGAUAUGGCCUAAAAAUCAAAUAUCGAAGUUCUGCACAAAAAAAUGUUUUUUCCCCCCAGCUACCAAUUGUCAAUGGUUAAUGGUUAACUUGAAAAAAAAAAGUUGAAUAAAAGAAUAGUUUGGCGAUAUGCAUCGAGUUUGAAAUAAAUGGAUUGCGAGACAAGAGGCAUUGGUAAAAGAUUUCUGCAAAAAUAGUUUAGUCAGAUUGCUUUACUGACCUGGGAACUGUAGCAUGGGUAUCCACCGGCCAUUUUGUCGCACUAGUAUGGAGGAUCAGUACCUGCUUAUGUGUAAUCAAAUGAACUGGUUUCCACUGACAAGUAAUAGCAGGUCAUUACAUCUAAGGUAAUUCAAACUCACGGUUUCAAACAAAACUUCACACACAUCACAAACUAAAUAACCUAACAUCAUUAGCAAUUGAUGAAUAAACUGGAAGAGUAACUGAAUAAGUAAUUAGUACAGAACAUGAAGUUAGAAUUUUAUUUACAUCUGUAACACUGCAAUGCAUGCUAGGAGCAGGCAUGCUGGACAACAACAAAGAUGACAACAGGUGGCAGCAGAGGUUUUUUGUCUAUCCCAACGGAGCAGUGAUGGUCAAAUGAAGCCUGUUGAAGCAAUGAAGCUUUGUAGCUUCGUGGUGGUUCAGUUGCACUAUCAAGUGGUCUUGAAGCUCAAGAGGCCAACAGUGUUGAGAAUUCUAUGGCUAUUAGUUUAAGAAAAUGAUAUGAAUGUGCUUGUAAUACUAUAGUAACAAAAUGCAUCAAGUGCGAUGAGGAUAAUUUUAAAUUAAUUUUUAUUUGUAAAUGAUUCCUUUCCCAAUGUUUGGCUUUAUUUUUUGGGGGGGGUGGAGGACGUAUUUCACUAGCUCUAGAUAACAUUCUUUCACAGCCCAAAAUCCACAAAAUGUGAAAAGAUAGGUGAUCGGUUAUCCAUCCAUCCAUGCAUUACCCUGCUUUUAAUCCGGGGUCAGGUCGCAGGGGCAGCAGCUUUAGCAGGGAAGCCCAGACCCCCCACCCCACCCAGCCACUUCAACCAGCUCCUCCAGCGGUGUUCCCAGGCCAGCCAAAAGAUAUUGUCUCUCCAACGUGUCCUGGGUCGUCCCAGGGGUCUCCUGUCGGUGGUACAUGCCUGGAACACCUCUUCAGGGAGGCUGCCUGAGCCACCGCAACUAGCUCCUCAACGUGGAGGAGUAGCGGCUCGACACCCGAGUCCCUCACGGAUGACCAAGCUUCUCACCCUAUCUUUAAGGGAGAGCCAGGCCACCAUGCGAGGAAACUCAUUUCUUGUAUCUGGGGUCUUUUUUUUUUUUUUUUUUUUUUUUUAAACCUGACCUGUUCAGCUGUUUGACACAGAGAAUGGAAGUCUAAGUGCCCGGAUAGUCUGAACAGUUUUAAUGUUUCACAUUGAGAGUCUGACAUACUCCCAUUGUGAUCAUACAAAAUACCUUUUUAUUAUGACAAAGCAGCGAACAGGAAGGGAUUAUGGGGGGACAGUUGAAAAGAAAUUCAAGAGAAGAAAGAAAAGAAACAUACACAAACAAAAAACAAGAAAUACAUUGAACAUCUAAACUACUUACUAAUAUGCUGGUGCUAUCGUCAGCGAGAUGUAUUUCCGGUUUACACCAUGUGGGGGCCUAUUGGCCAGUGAAAGAGGGGGGUGGGGGUGUCUAUAAGCCUAUAAGCCAAGUGAUUGAAAGGGGAAGAGUGUACACAAAUCAGUUCUGUGAUCUAGAACCCAGUAAUCGUGUGAAUCUCUUAUGAGUGUAAGCCCGUUGGCGACCAACCCUACGCCGCCGCAUCGCCAAUCCCGGCACCGGGACCCCCAACCCGAGCAUGCCCUACCACAUCCAGCAGCACGCAAGCCCCACCGGGCGCGCGACAGCCACGCAGACGGGCGGAGAAGCCGCGCGGGCGCCAACCCAGGGCCACGGCCCCCACCCAGCCAGCCGGGGGAGGGAGGGCGGGCGGUAUCUAUGGUCUUGUUCUUUCGAUCACAACCGACAGCUUGUGACCAUAAGUGAGGUUAGGAAGUAGAUCGACUGGUAAAUCAAGUUUCGCCUUUUGGCUUAGAUCCCUCUUCACCACUACGGACCAGUGAAGAGUCGGGAAAUCGAAUCUCAGAUUCAAACUAGUUAUCCAUCCAUCCAUCCAUCCAUCCAUCCAUCCAUCAUUGACUGCUUAAUCUGGGGUCGGGUCGCGGGGGCAGCAGCUUUAGCAGGGAAGCCCAGAAUUCCCUUUCCCCAGCCACUUCAACCAGCUCCUCGGGCGGCAUCCUAAGGCGUUCCAGGCCAGCCGAGAGACAGUCUCUCUAGCGUGUCCUGGGUUGUACCCGGGGCUUCCCGUUAGUGGGACAUGCCCGGAACACCUCUCCAGGGAGGCGUCCAGGAGGCAUCCGAACCAGAUGCCCGAGCCACCUCAACUGGUUCCUAUCAACGCGGAGGAGUAGCUUCUCGACAACGAGUCCCUCUCGGAUGACCGAACUUCUCUCCCAGGCUAAUUUUUUUUUUUUUUUUAAUUCAUCUGCCCUACCAAAACUCAUAAAAUUGAUUUAUCGCCCAGGCAAAAGAAGAAAAGAAAGAAGAAAACUACAUUUUUACAGUGGCUUGUGAUAAAAUUUUGAAUUGUUUCACUGAAAUCUUGAUUAUUGUUGUAUGAUAUUAUGUAUUCAGACACAUACAUUUACUGCAAGUGUAUACAAGUUCUUAAUACUACACUUGUCCAUGUUUUUUUAUUAUUUAUUUAUUUAUUUAUUUUCAUUAACUCACCGUCUGCCGUAAGGGCGAUAGACAUCCAUUUGAACUGGGAGAGGCUGGAAACUGCCAACCCUCCAGUUCAAAUGGAUUGAACGUCCAUCACUGUUAAUAUUACUUAAGAAUGAUCUUUCACUGCUAACCCAAACACUUCAAAUGGAUUGAAUGUCUUUGAAUGAGUUAAAAGUUCCUAGUCUUAUUUUCUUGAAUCCUGUUUUAGGCAACAUGGACAGACAUCACUACGAGACGUUCGAGGAGUUCGGCAACAACACUUUCCUGCUUCACCUUGACAACGGCCGGGCAUUCGGACGUCACUCCAAAGACGAGCCGUCUAUCUUGGUGCCAUUGGAGCAAUGUUGCAGAAUCCGUCGUUCUACCUGGCUACGCCUUCGCCUCCUGUCCCAGCCUCAGUAUCGCCUCAGCGACGUCAUGCGGGCCUCGCUUUCCCAGGACCCUCUCCACAGCGUGGCCCCGCUGUUGACAGAGCCCCACCUCGCUGCCCUCGAUCGACGUUUGAAAACUGUGCUUGAUGCCGUAAGUCGUUGCGUGGAGGAGCACAGCCAGGAAGAGGUCAUAUACGAUGACAUUGGGCAGUCGAAGGACGUUUAAAAUCCAGUGUCAACCUGAUAUAUUGUAAUGUUGUGAUGCUGGAACUAAUUAAAAUCAUUACUUAGGGUACAACUGCAGUUGUACUUUAAAAACAAUGUAUCAUAUUUAUGUAUAGGGAAAAACGGCUGAUUUUCACACAAGUUUUUUAAACAGGGAUUAUGGCUCAUUCCUCCACACAAAUCUUCUCUAGAUCUGUCAGGUUUCGGUGCUGUCAUUGAGAAAAUAAAAGUUCCAGCUUCAUCCAGAGAUUUUCUAUUGGAUUGAGGUCUGGAGACUGGCUAAGCCAGUCCAGAACCUUGAUAUGCUUUUUCUGCAGCCACUUCUUGGUCAGCUUGGCUGUGUACAUCGGAUCAUUGUCAUGUUGGAAGAUCCAGCCACGACUCAUCUUCAAGUCUCUCUGACUGAGGGAAGGAGUUUGUGGCUCAAAAUUCGACGAUAACAUUUCACCAUUCAUCCUCUGCUUUAUACAGUACAGUUGCCCUGUCCCCUUUGCUGAAAAGCACGAGGUUUCCACCCCCAUACUUCACAGUGGGGAUGGUGUUCUUGGGAUUGAGCAAUGCAUGAUUUUAAACCAUUGCACCACAAUGUUCUACUGACAGUAGCCUUUGAAACUAUGCAUCCAGCUCUCUUCAGGUCAUUGAGCCGCUCCUGCCGUGUAGUUCUAGGCUGAGCCCUCACUUUUCGCAUAAUGAGUGACGCCCCACGAGGAGAGAUUUUACAUGGAGCCCCAGUCCGAGGUCGAUUAUCAGUCAUGUUUAGCCCUUUCUAUUUUCUAACAUUUGCUGCAACUGUUGAUUUAUCCUCAUCAAGCCGCUUUCCAAUUGUCCCAUAGUCUUUUCCAGCUUUGCAAAGCUCAACAAUGUUUUCUCUGGUGUCUUUCGAAAGCUCUCAGGUCUUGCCCAUAGUAGCAGUUGGGGCAAUGACUGACUCACUGUGCACAAGUGACAAUAAUGAGCUCAAAUGGUUGAUGGGUGGGUGGUUCCUUUGAUUGUCAUAAUUAUUGCUGAUUCUCAGGGGUACAAAUACUUAAGAACCCCAGUAAAUUAUGAAGGAGAUAGUACCUUUUCUCGUAGGCACCUUCUAACUGUUUGCAUUACUCUAACACACUUAAUAUAAUCAAUCAGGGAAUUGUAUAGUUUCUCAUAUUUACUGUUUGACUGUUUGUAUAACUCUAACACACCCAAUAUAAAAUAAAGAGCACUUAUACCAUAGUUUAAGGAAAACAAGCAGAAUAUAGGGCAUAAGAGAUAAACAACGCUUUCUUAUCACGGACGCCCAGCGUGUUCGUCAUACAAAUAACUGAGCAGAAUUGACGCUGACAAGCCCUCGUCUGCUCCACCAAGUCUCGCAAUCAGUUCUCCCGGACAGUCCACAACAAAUGUCGGGGCGGUCUGUCCUAACACUAGGAACACAGGAGAAUGCCCAAUAUCUAGCUGAUAACACGACUGACAAGAUUCCAAGAGCCCCUUUGAUGCUAAGGUGGCAAAAUCCACAACCCUCGUUGCCCGGACAACAAUAACUCCUGAAUCCUCCUGUCCAAUCCACAAACAGACAAUAAUCCCAAACACAUCCUUCUUCCUGCCCGCGGCCCGCCCCGCGAGAGCCUUCAAUGUGAUUUCUGGAUUUUUUUGUAGAUUAUGUCUAUGAGUGGAAAUGCAUCUAUGAUUUUAUUUCAGACCUCUACCUAUUUUAGAAGUGAGUGAACUUGCAAAAUCACAUGGGGUGCAAAUAAUUCUGCUCCUCACUGUAUAUAAUUAUGUAUGACAUUCCCCCCGUAAUAUAGCAUCAAAUAUAGUUUCAAAAAGCUCUUCGAUGCUCUACAAGCAAAAUCCAGAUGUUUUCAUCACCAAAUUUAACUCAUCACCUGCCCUUAAUAGUGAUCUGUCAUGCUUGGACAUCUAACACCGUCAUUGGCACCCAAUGAGUUGAUAAAAAGCUUGUCAGCCCGCUGGCUGUCCUCUGCCUCCUUUCCUUUCAGGCAGACUAAUCAAUAAUUCACCUGGCAGCUCAUAUCGAUGGCACCUGCUCCCUUUUCUCUCGCCUUCCACCGCUUGCUUGCUCUAAUCCACAGGCUGAGCUGAAUUUUCAUUGCAAGAGGAUUUUGCCAAGGGCAGCAAAAAGGAUUACUAGAAAAAAAAAGGAAAAUAACUUGAGUGUGUCAGGCAGGUGUUGUUAGUUUUCGGAUGACUCACAAGGUGACUUUUAGGGCUUCCGGUCGCUGACACCCCAAAGAACUGCGCAAAUUGAAUGUGCCUUCUUAAAGCUCGUGCAUAUUUGAAUUUCAUAUUCACUACCCCGUGGUGCACCAUGUCAGGAGCCAGCAGUGACCAGCUGCACAGAUCCACCUUAUCUGUCUAUUCUAACCUGAUGGAACAUUUCAACCCAGGCCUUCAAAAGCUUGUUGCCUUAGGGAACAAUUAUGUGAAAGCUUUCCAAG